CUUAAAUUGAUGGAUUACAUAUCGGUGCUGGACUUUGCGUUUUAAACCCUAAACAGUCGCUCACUCAAGGUCACAGAAAGUGAAUACAGAAGCCACCGUCCUCCACCGUAGAAAUCACCGUGAAGUAAAACCUGAUACGACAUGUCUUCUCUGAGAAACGCCGUUCCCAGACCUGCUCACAAAGAGCGUCCUCAACCGUCUUCGAGGAAGAAAUUCGGGAUACUUGAAAAGCAUAAAGACUAUGUCGAACGUGCUAAAGCCUUUCAUGUGAAAGAAGACACUUUACGGGUACUUAGGGAAAAAGCUGCUAAUAGAAACGAGGAUGAGUUUUAUUUUAAGAUGGUUAAUUCAAAAACUGUUGAUGGAGUUCAUAGACCAGUGAAUGAGGAUAACAAGUAUACUCAAGAUGAACUUAUAUUGAUGAAGACACAGGAUAUGGGAUAUGUUCUUCAAAAGCUUCAAAGUGAGAAAAAGAAAGUUGAAAAGCUAUCUGCCAAUUUGCACUUGAUUGAUCAUAAGCCAGCGAACAAGCAUGUUUACUUUGCUGAGGACAGGGAAGAGGCUAAAGAGUUAAAGCAACAACUGUCAAAAAGAAAAGUUCCAUCCACUUCUGACAAUAUUCCUGAUAAUCUUAAAAGGAAAACAGAACGAUCUUACAAAGAGUUGGAAGCAAGGAAAGCUAGAGUCAGCCAGCUAGAGAAAGUCUACAUGGAUAUGGCAUUGAAGAAGGAGUUGCAGAAAAAUGGUAGGAAGCGCAAACUUCGCGAAGAAGAAAUCGUCAACCCAACCGGUAGACCGGUAUACAAAUGGCGUGCUGAAAGAAAGCGCUGAAAGAGUUGAUAAUAUUCUGUGCUCUUCAUUUUUUUCUUUUUGCCUUUUACUAUGAUUUAGCACAAUAAUUAAUUACCAAGUUGGAGAUUUUUUUUUUUUUUGUCUAUAAUUUCUGCUGGUUAUUCAGUUCUGUAUGAUGUUGCUGUUGUAUUCAAUUUUUUAUGAGGUAAUUUAAAUUAAAUCAA